AUGGCCGAAUACCAUCGCAUCGAGUACAACUGGGUUAAGGGUGUGGAGUCACUUGAAGAAUACCAGCCUGGAGGUUAUCAUCCCGUUAUCGUCGGGGACGUCCUACAAGACCGAUAUCACAUUGUAGACAAGCUUGGUUUUGGAGGCUAUUCGACGGUUUGGCUUGCCCGGGACACUCGUCUACAGCGAUAUGUUGCUGUCAAGAUCAACACCGCAAACUCUCCUCGGCGCGAGGCAAAGAUUCUCAAGGCUCUAUCUGCUCCACUCUCUAGGUCUUCGCCCAUACACACUGGGCGCAGUUUAAUAUCUGUUUUCCUAGAUGAGUUCAAAGUGCGAGGGCCCAAUGGAGAGCAUACGUGCUACACAAUGGCCCCUGCACAAUGCAACUUGAGAGAGAUAUCCUUUAGCCGCCUUUUCCCCCUCGAAGUUGGUCGAGCACUGUCAUAUGGACUUGCGCAGGCCGUUGCUUAUACACAUUCACAAGGUUAUGUUCAUGGAGAUAUUCAUUUGAGCAAUAUUUUGAUCAAGCUUCCAUCAAGUUUCGACGAUCUUUCUAUCAAGCAACUAUAUGAAAAAUAUGGCGAACCUGAGGCAAUACCUGUUACUCGAUGUGACGGUGAGGCAUUGCCCCCUAACGCUCCGACCAAGGCCUUUUUGCCCCUGUUCCUAGGCAAAUAUGCGGAGGAGUUCUCAUUAUCCGAUGCGCACGUCCUUUUAAGCGACUUUGGUGAGGCUUUUUGUCCAGCCACGGAAACUCGUCUAGGACGAGACUGCCAUACUCCGCCCGCGUUCCGAGCUCCAGAAGCCAAAUUCGAAUCACAGAACUUGCUGGGAUAUCCCUCGGAUAUCUGGGGUCUUGCUACCGCAAUCUGGGAGAUCAUCGGAAUGAAGGCAAUUUUCAGCACCGAUUUUGUACAUGAGGAUGAGGUAGUGUCUCAGCAUGUAGAUGUACUGGGGCCUAUGCCUUCCGAGUGGUGGCAGAACUGGGAAGGACGGUCUCGAUUCUUCGAUGAGUAUGGGUUUCCGACGGAGUCUCACAGGGAAAAUAGAUGGCCUACUCUUGAAGAGUCAUUUGAGGUCGGUGUGCAGAAAUGGAGGCGUAGGGCUGGAAAGGGGAUUGAAGAAAACGAGAAAGCUGCUUUUCUGGAUUUAAUGCGCCAGAUGCUGUCAUUCAGACCUGAGGAACGACCGACUGCUGAAGCGCUACUAACGUCGGUGUGGAUGGUUAAGUGGGCAUUGCCUGAUUUUAGGCGGAGCUUAAAGUAUCCCCUUUGA